GUAAUAUUGCAUAAUUGUAUCGUUGGGUUCGACUCCACUAUUCCGAGGAGCCCUAAGUACUGUGAGGCGGUCCAUCAGCCAUGAGUGGCGAGGGAAAGUUUGCCGGAGUUCCACAACGUCACCGGAGAAAGGAUUUUCAGGUUUGGAGAAGACUCUCCGCUAUUGGAUUUUGUCUCUAAUUCUGAUUUGGUUCUGUGGAUCAACAAAAUGGAAGGACCACCACCUUACAAAAAUAUUCAACAAAAUGAUUUUUCAUAUCGAAAGCACAAGAAGCAGAAAGAGGAGGAUAUUGCUAUCUGCAAUUGUAAAUAUGAAGCUAAUGAUCCUGACAGUGCAUGUGGAGAGAGGUGUUUGAAUGUAUUAACCAGCACAGAAUGUACACCUGGCUACUGUCCCUGUGGUGAUUAUUGCAAGAAUCAGAGAUUCCAGAAAUGUGACUAUGCUAAAUCAAAGUUGUUCAAAACUGAAGGACGUGGAUGGGGUCUUCUUGCUGAUGAGAAUAUUAAGGCUGGGCAAUUUAUAAUUGAAUAUUGUGGCGAAGUAAUCUCAUGGAAAGAAGCAAGGCGGAGGUCCCAAACAUAUGAAAAUCAAGGUGUGAAAGAUGCAUUUAUCAUAUCCCUCAAUGCCCAUGAAUCAAUUGAUGCUACUAAAAAGGGAAGCCUUGCUAGGUUCAUAAACCAUUCAUGCCAACCCAAUUGUGAGACAAGGAAGUGGACGGUUUUGGGAGAACUAAGGGUUGGGAUAUUCGCAAAACAAGAUAUUCCUGCUGGAACAGAGCUAGCUUAUGAUUAUAACUUUGAAUGGUAUGGUGGUGCUAAAGUUCGCUGCCUCUGUGGUGCAGCCUGCUGUUCUGGAUUCCUUGGGGCAAAGUCUCGUGGUUUCCAGGAGGAUACAUAUCUCUGGGAAGAUGAUGAUGCCAGAUAUUCGGUUGAUGAUAUCCCUCUUUAUGAUUCUGAAGAGGAUGAGCCUGCUACCAAUCUCCCCAAGAAUUCCCAUUCCUCGAAACAUGAAUCUAAUACAGAAGUUAAGCAUGAUUACUCCAUGACAAGUGGUGAUGGUUCAGCUUCUGAGCAUUAUUCGCAGUCUACUGCACUUGCAGUUGAGCAACUUGGUUCUAUUAAAAUGGAGGGUAUUGCAGUAAAUGAAGCAAGCAUAGAAGUAAACGAGGAGAAAAAAUUGUACUUGCAGGACACUAGCCAAAUGUUUGCCCAUAAAAAUGCAAUGAUAUCUCGUAUACGGAGUAAUACUCCAUGUCGGAAUUAUCACAUAGCACCAAGCCCUAAGCCAAAGAAAAGAUCAGCACGAUAUCGAACCAGAAGACCAAAACGUCUUGCUCAGAAGCAAGUAGAUGCAAAACUUGUUGUACAACUACUAGGGUCAAAGGAAGCACAAGAAGAGGUCUUCACCAAUGAGGGAAAAAAGAAGCAAGCCACUUCUCAACUUGAGUCUCUGUAUAAUGAAAUACGUCCUGCCAUUGAAGAACAUGAGAGAGACAGCCAAGAUAGUGUGUCAACCAGUGUGGCAGAGAAGUGGAUUGAAGCCAGCUGCUUUAAACUGAAAGCAGAGUUUGACCUUCAUUUGUCCAUCAUCAAGCAUGUUGCUUGCAGUACCCGAAGAGCAGGGAAUAGAGCAACUCCUGAAGGAAUGGAGAAUGAACAUGGCAUGAAAUAUUUGACAGAUCAAUAAUUUCAACGUGCAGCUAACAGGUGAAACAAUAAACUCUAUUGCCUUGAAUAAUUUGGAUUGGUCAUAAAAUUUGAUUGCAGUAACUCAAUUGCCUUGAGUAUUUGGAAGGACAGCAAUAAUGUCCUAAGGUCAGCAAGAGUGUGCACUUCAAUCCUCACAAUCUAGUCUGGAAUCUUGAGUAUUGACAUUAAAAACUUAUCUUAUUAGGGCCGGUGGUGGUGGUGGUAGUAAUUAUCAACUUUUAAUUUCUGUCAUUGGGGUUAUUAGAAACUUUUGAGUACACCAAUAGAAUCUUGAUUCUUGAUUUCUUUUCUCAUUGCGGGGUGAUUACAACUUUUCUCUCAGUCGAGGAAAUGCUCCUAAAAAUUUGGUUGUACAAAACAUUCUUAUUGGCAUAUAAUCUCUUCUUUCAACUACCAGUGAACCAUUUCAUUAUUUUCUAACCAUUUUGUUUAACCUGUAUAUUCUUCUGCGGGAGUAAGUAAACAAUGUCAAUGCUUGAAAUCUGUCGCCCUAUGGACAGUGACUCAUGAAAAGGAUUCAUCAUUCAGUUGUCGUA